AUGCUGCAGAUUGGGGAGGACGUCGACUAUCUACUCAUCCCCCGAGAGGUCCGGCUGGCGGGGGGCGUCUGGAGGGUCAUCUCCAAGCCUGCGACCAAGGAGGCGGAAUUUCGCGAGCGGCUGACCCAGUUUCUGGAGGAAGAGGGCCGCACCCUGGAGGAUGUGGCCCGCAUCAUCGAGAAGAGCACCCCGCACCCGCCCCAGCCCCCCAAAAAGCCCAAGGCGCCCCGAGUGCAAAGGAGAAUCCAGCAGAUGGUGACGCCGCCGCCGCGGCUGGUCGUGGGCACGUAUGACAGCAGCAACGACAGUGACAGCGAGUUCAGCGACUUCGAGACCUCCAGGGACAAGGGCGACCACGGCUCGGGCCGGGCCCGGAGGGUUCGAAAAAUGCCGGUCAGUUACCUGGGCAGCAAGUUCCUGGGAAGCGACCAGGAGAGCGGGGACGACGAGGAGCUGGUGGAGGCCUUCCUGCGGCGCGGGGAGAAGAAGCCCAGCGCGGCCCCUGCCCGCCGCCGGGUGGCGCUGCCCGUGCCGGUGGUCGAGGACGACCCGCCCCAGCUCUCCAAGGCCGACAGGUGGCGCGAGUAUGCCAGCCAGGUGUCCUGGGGGAAGCUGAAGCGCAGGGUGAAGAGCUGGGCGCCGAGGUCCUUCCCGGGGGUGGGCGACACCCGGCAGGCUGUGUCCAGGCUGGAGAGUGACAGGGUAUCAGGGCCAGGCAGCGCCAGCCAGGGGGAGAACGUGGGAAACACAGGAGAUGGGCGGGGAGCCGGGACUCGCCCACGACGGUGGCGGCCCAGGAUCAACUGGGGCUCGCUGAGGCGACGCAGGAGGGAGGAGGCAGCAUCCAUAGCUCAGGGGGCAGAGGUGCUGGGUGACCAGGUGGCAGAGGCCAUAGCUGACCAGAGGGCAGAGAUCCCAGUUGGCCAGGGGGCAGAGGUCCCCAGUGAACAGGGGGCGGGCGUCCUGGGUGACCAGAGGGCAGAGGUCGCAGCUGAUCAGAGGGCAGAGGUCCCCGGUGACCAGGGGGCAGGCAUCCUGGGUGAUCAGAGGGCAGAGGUCGAAGGUGACCAGGGGGCAGAGGUCGCAGCUGACCAGGAGGCAGAGGUCGCAGCUGACCAGGUGGCAGAGGCUGCAGCUGACCAGAGGGCAGAGGCCCCAGAUAUCCAGGGGGCCCCAGGGGCAACCGCAGGAGCCAGGGCCCGGAAACAGGUCAAGACAGUGAGGUUCCAGACCCCUGGACGUUUUUCAUGGUUUCGCAAGCGCCAGAGAGCCUUCUGGCACACCCCCAGGCUGCCAUCCCUACCCAAAAGAGUCCCCAGGGCAGGCGAGGGCAGGAGCCUCAGGGUGCUGAGGGCCGAGGGCAGAGCAGAAGCGGAGCAGGGAGAGCAAGAAGACCAGCUGUGA